CCAGCAUAUAAGUUUGUAACACGAAACGGAAAUGAGAGUGAGAAAGUGUUACAGAAUCGAGGGAGCGAGCUUAGAGAGAAGAAAACUCGCUUGCGAUUGACGCCAACGGAAAAAAAAGAAAGAAAGAAGAAAGAAACGAAAAUGGUGCUCCUCAUGCUGAUGAUCACCGCCGAUCUCGAAAACCUAACCGAUCUUCAACCUCAAUCUGGUUGCAAUGACCCUGACUUCCCCUAUAUGUUCAAGGUCAAAUGUGGAAACUGCGGUGAGGUCAGCCAGAAAGAGACUUGUGUUUCUUUGAAGGAGACCAUUACUAUUCCCAGGAGUAGAGGUAUCGCUCAUCUCUUUCAGAAGCCUUAUCACAGAAAGUUUCCUUGGACUAGGAUCCUCAAUUACACUCAGAAGAAGCCUUAUCCCAGAAAGUUUCCUUGGACUUGGUUCUUCGAUUACGCUCCGAAGUGCAAAUUCUGUGGCAGGGAUGGUACAGUGGCAAUGAUUGAAGGAAGAGGCCAACCUCUUACUCAUUCACAAAGUCAGUCAGGGAAGUAUGCUCCAUUGAUGUUGUUUGACUGUAGGGGAUAUGAGCCGGUGGAUUUUGUAUUUGCUGAUGGAUGGAAAGCUGAGUCGCUGGAGGGAACCAGAUUUGAAAAUAUUGACUUGUCAAGUGGAGACUUCGCCGAUUAUGAUGAGAAAGGAGAGUGCCCUGUCACGAUAUCCAAUCUUCGCUCCACUUUUGAGGUGGUGAAGUAGAGUAAACUAGUUUGCUGUUUGCUCAUUUCCGGGUACAUAAAAUCGACCGUUCCAUGUUUUACCUUUUAAGCUCACCUUUGGUUGUAAUUAGGCACUGUAUUCGUGAGAACCUUAAAACUAUACAUGUUAACCAUGAUGUAUUUGGAGGGGGGAGAAACAGCUUCCUAUUUCCAAGUGAUCGAUGUGAAGCACAUUUUAUUUCAUAUUUGGUAAGUUGCGUUAUGUUGAUUGA